AUGGAGUCCUGUAAGUUGGAGGACUUGAAUAUACAUGCCAGUGCGUGCGAAGUCGAAGAUUAUCUUGAACGAUUCGAGAUUUGGUGUAUUACGCGGAAAAGACUCGAUGGAGAACGCAGAACGGCCAAUUUCCUAAUGGUCAUCGGAAAGGAUGCAUACUCAUUGUUGAAAAAGUUGGCAUAUCCUGACGCUCCUAUAUCGUUAACGUAUGAAUCCCUGAAAACCUUGCUGCUGAAGCAUCUACAGCCGGCUAAUUUCGAAGCCUUUGAGCGAGCCAAAUUUCAUUCACUCACACGUGGUGGAAGCCAGCCUGUACCUGACUUUAUUCUUCAGCUUCAGACUCAAGCAUCUCAUUGCAGUUUCGGAGAUCAAUUACAAAUCCAGCUACGUGAUCGAUUAAUUGCCCGAAAUUACAGCAAAAGCUCCUGCUCAUGCACGAUUGCACAUUUCAGCCGGCUAAGGCAGUCUGUGAACAGUACCAAGACGUCCGUGGCAUUAUUGAUGAUGAACUCAACUUGUUAUUCAGUGCCAGCAAUUCCAAACAGUCACCAUCCCGACGAAAGCGGUUCCUCGAAGAGGGCUCGAAAACACCAAGCAACAUCAGUUCUCCAGCAAACAAUGACCAACGGAUUCAACGAUGGAACAAGUGCAAUUCCUAUGGUCAAAGACAUUCGCGGCUAUCCUGUAGAUUUCGUAAUGCCAAGUGUCACAAUUGCGGCAAGCUUGGCCAUAUUCAAUCUGUCUGUAAAAGUGCGAAGUCGUGUCUUACAAAACGUACGACUGUUCAUUCCUCUAAAGAUUUAUUGUGUGAUUUACAGUCCUUAA